AAUCGUUUUAAUUUUCAUGUUAACAUUAAAUAGCAAGAUUCCAAGGAUACUAGAGGAAAUUAGCUUACUUUAAACCUUUUAGUUUAUCUUUAACAGAAUAUCUGAUGUGCUUGUUGGUCAGUAAUAUUUGUUAAUGUCACAGACAAGUUUACUUGGUAAUAGCUUAAUUGCAUAAUAUCCUCAUAUAAAGCAAAUUAAUGAAAUUUAUUUCAUUUUUUGAAAUUGCCCAAAUGCUAAUUAAAGGAAUGUUUUCUGACCCUAAUACCUUCAGCUUCUUCAUCUAUUAGUGGUUUUUUAAUGAAACAGCAAAAUUAAAAAUUUUUACCUUCAUAUGCCAACACACACUAAGCUCUUGUUCUCCUUUAUAGGGAAAUCCUCAUUGACGAUUCAGUUUGUUGAAGGCCAAUUUGUGGACUCCUACGAUCCAACCAUAGAAAACACUUUUACAAAGUUGAUCACAGUAAAUGGACAAGAAUAUCAUCUUCAACUUGUAGACACAGCUGGGCAAGAUGAAUAUUCUAUCUUUCCUCAGACCUACUCCAUAGAUAUUAAUGGCUAUAUUCUUGUGUAUUCUGUUACAUCAAUCAAAAGUUUUGAAGUGAUUAAAGUUAUCCAUGGCAAAUUAUUGGAUAUGGUGGGGAAAGUACAAAUACCUAUUAUGUUGGUCGGGAAUAAGAAAGACCUGCAUAUGGAAAGGGUGAUCAGUUAUGAAGAAGGGAAAGCUUUGGCAGAAUCUUGGAAUGCAGCUUUUUUGGAAUCUUCUGCUAAAGAAAAUCAGACUGCUGUUGAUGUUUUUAGAAGGAUAAUUUUGGAGGCAGAAAAAAUGGAUGGGGCAGCUUCACAAGGCAAGUCUUCAUGCUCGGUGAUGUGAUUCUGCUGCGAAGCCCGAGGACACUGGGAAUAUAUUCUACCUGAAGAAGCAAACUGCCCGUUCUCCUUGAAGAUCAACUAUGCUUCUUUUUUCUUCUGUUAACCUGAAAGAUAUCAUUUGGGUCAGAGCUCCUCUCCCUUCAGAUUAUGUUAACUCUGAGUCUGUCCAAAUGAGUUCACUUCCAUUUUCAAAUUUUAAGCAAUCAUAUUUUCAAUUUAUAUAUUGUAUUUCUUAAUAUUAUGACCAAGAAUUUUAUCGGCAUUAAUUUUUCAGUGUAGUUUGUUGUUUAAAAUAAUGUAAUCAUCAAAAUGAUGCAUAUUGUUACACUACUAUUAACUAGGCUUCAAUAUAUCAGUGUUUAUUUCAUUGUGUUAAUGUAUACUUGUAAAUAAAAUAGCUGCAAACCUCAGUCCUUUGUGCUACUUGAUGUGGCUUUCAAAGAAGAGAAGCCUUGUCCUGAGUUUCUUACUUGGCUUCAGGAAGGCCCCAGGUUGGAUUCCAGAAACCAGUGACGAUGUGGCCACAGGAGGAGGUGUGCUGACAUGGCUGCUGACCAUGGACUCCCUGCGCUGUGACGGGCAGGUGUUGAGGCUGGGUUACAGCUGAUUGAAGCUGAGUGGCUCUGGCGGGGGUCUGUGAGGGGCAUUCCUCCCCAGUGAUCACAUUCUCUCCUUCCAUCCUUAGAUCCCCAAACCUUGGCUGAAAUGCUCCGUGGUCGGGAGCCUGGUCAAGGAGGAGGAGCUGCUGAGAGGCAUUGUUCACCCUUGCUCAUAGCUUAGCUUGAUGUCUGUGUCAGACAGGAGACGAUUGAGAAAACACCCCUGCCUGUCACUCUCCUAGAACACCCCGCAGUUUAGUGAUCUGUGUCAGUCUCGGGAGCCUCCUUCAGACCCGGACGACGGGCCUCCCUCUCUCCAAGGAGCAACUAUAAAGGAGAAGAGGGAUUUCAUUUGCCUGGUGGCUGUUACCUUGUCUGUAAGUCACACUUGGAGCUGAGCAGUGCUUUUUAAAUGAUUCCCUUUUGCAGCUGAAAUUUCACAGGGCUGUUUCUAACACGUAAGCAGAUGUUACCAUUGACUUUAUUAACAAAAUACAGUUUUGCUUUGCA